CUCCGACUACCGAUCUUUCGCAUCUUCUACAGUUUCACCUACACUAUCCUGUAUCUAUUGUUACUGGUAGUGCUAUCAGCCACGCCAAUAUCGCUCAUCUACAGCGCGUUUCAAGUCCGCGCCUGGCAAUAUGUAUUCAUGAUCGGAGGCACCUACAUCUUGACCUUCAUCUUCGCCAUCAUCAUCUACAGCAGCAGGAUUUACACUAAUAGAUCGACCCUGGCUGCCGUGGGCAAAGCAUAUGUGCCGAUUGAAGAUGGAGAGGUCAAUAAGAAAGUACGGAAGAUGAUAGUGAAGGAGCUGGAGAAGAGCGCCAUUGUGGCAUGGGAGAGUCGGCCGAGGGACAUUGAUGGCGAGGUAUUGGCAGCGGAACACGAUGGCUUUUGGUCAGCAGAUGGACCUAUAUUGAACCAUGCUAGCCAACCAAUUGGACAGUAUGUGGUUGUCUAUCCCUUGAAUCCUCCAUGGGGCAACAUCCAGCACGACGGCUGGUCUUCGCCGAGCACACGGCAAACAAACAAGAAUCCUCAUGUGCAAUUUGCAAAGGUAAUUGCUGAGAUGCCUCACAUCAUCGAAGCGCGAGCGGUUUCGCUGGCGCCGCCUGCGGACUACGACAGCACUCUCCAAACUCAAAGGCUAGUUGUGGAUCCGUUGGUGGUGAACGUCUUGCGGAGACCGCGCAACGCAGCUCUGCGCGAGUACCUUAUUCAACUAUCCUUUCUCGGUCUGAUCCAACCCUUAUCUAUUGGAGAUAUUUUUCUGGCGCAAUACGAGAGGGCACGCUUUUGUGGAAAGCCAAUACCUGACCACGACUUUGAUCAAUUAAUGACAACCUUUGCGCGCCUACUCUCGGGCAUGACCGGUCUAGCCCCUGAGAUUGUGCACGAGAUCAGGAAACAGUCU